CAUCAACAACAGCAACAAUGUAAUCAAAGUAGUAACAUCGAUAAGGAGCCGAAAUAUUUUAUACCUAGUGUUAUAGAAGAAAUGAAAGACGUAGAGGACGCUCAUCUUGAUCAGGAAACGAUGUCUGAUGACUGCUUUGAUCACGAUUCAAAAGAAGUACGGAGAGUACGAUGGAAGGUCGAUCGACGUCUUAUACCAUUGCUAGGACUUCUUUACUUGUGUUCAUAUUUGGAUCGAUCCAACAUUGGCAAUGCGAAAGUAGCCCAUCUUGAUAAGGACUUAAACCUCGAACCAGGCGUUUAUAACGUUGCACUCAGUGUUUUUUACGUCGGCUAUAUUUUGGGUGAUGUUCCUGCCAACGUUGCACUAAAGAAAAUAGGGCCAAGAAUAUGGGUUUUCAUGGUGAUGACCGCCUGGGGCGUUGUGUCGAUGUGUAUGGCAGCGAUCACUGAUGGAGCAGGGCUGAUUGCUACGCGCUUCUUCCUUGGAUUGGCAGAAUCGGGAUUUGCACCGGCUCCUGUGUAUCUCAUCUCUCUAUGGUACCGCAGAUGCGAGCACGCGCUCAGAAUCGGCAUCUACUUCUCAGCUGCGACAAUUGCAGGAGCGUUUGGUGGACUGAUCGCUUACGCAAUUGCACAACUCCAUACGGCGGGGGGAUUGAAGGCAUGGCAAUGGAUCUUUAUUUUAGAAGGUCUGCCUACUAUCCUUUGUGCUUUGUUAGCAUUGUGGCUCCUACCAGGUCUCCCUGAAAAUUCUCGCUUGUUAACUCCUGAAGAAAAGGCCUUGACAAUCCAAAGAUUAAAGCUCGACGCUGGUCCUGCCACGGACACUGCCUUCUCCUGGAAGCAACUCUGGGCAGCCUUUAAAGAUUGGAAGAUUUAUGCGCAUACGUUGCUUUUGCUGCUCCAUAAUGUUGCUUUUGCUUCUGUGGGCUUGUUUGUCCCAUCCAUUACCAUGGGUUUCGGAUAUGACCAUGUGACGACUCAGAUCAUGACCGCGCCAGUUUUCGUGGUCGCAUGUGUGGCUACCCUUCUGUUUGCAAUUUCAUCUGAUCGACUUCAAGAACGAGGUUUUCAUGUCUUUGCAACAACUUUUCUCAUGGCGGCGGGAUUUGUUCUUCUGAUCCUUACAAGCCAUUCCUCGACCAUAGUGCGAUAUGUCAGUCUUGUUAUCUGUGCUUGUGGAGUGUAUGCUGCAAUUCCUCUUCAUCUAUGCUGGCCAAGUGGCAAUUUUGGUGGCCAUACCAAAAAGGGCGUCGCCAUUGGUUUCAUCAUCGCCGUGUCACAAGUCGGGGGUAUCAUUGGCGGGCAAAUCUAUCGUGAGGACGAUGCUCCCCUCUACGUCCGUGGACACACCAUCAAUGCCGUGCUCAUGUUCAUCAACUCUAUCCUUAUUCUUGGUUUGAAGUUUCUACUCAGGCGAGAGAACAAGCGACGGGAUCAACUCACACCAGAGGAGUUCGAGAAGGAAAGUGAUCAGAAGGAUGCAACCGAUGCUCAUCCUGGCUAUCGUUUCUACGAGUAAACCAGAUCGAUUUUGUAGAAGCAAAUGAUUACAUCCAUUUCAAUAAAAAUGACAAUGUGUUAUA